AUGCGGAACUUAUUUCGAAAACAUGGAGAACUAUCGCUACUGGAUAUUUCAUUAUACCGUGAUGACGAAGGAUUAGUGUUACUCGGAUCUGAUACUACCAUUUUACCGGUUCACCUGGUACAAUACUCUGCAAAUGAUUUUAACGCCAUAUCUUCCGCUGAGCUGCUUGGUUUAGUAAGAAAUAACUGGACCCAUGUGGACAGUAACGUGUAUUCGGAUCCAUCUGAGACUAAUCUACCUGUUUAUUUUCUAAUCGGUGGUGCUUUGGUUGAAUAUUUGGAUGAUAAGCUGCACCCAAAGUUAGACGAUUCUAGCAACCCCGAAAAAUAUGAUCGUUUUUGUUACCUGGAGCUUCUACGUCGACAACGUAGAGCUCACAAGGUAAAAACAGCGGUAUAUGAAGGACUGGUACAGUUUGUGUUAUCUGUAUCCAUGGCUGCAAAGUACCUUCUGUCAGCAUCUUCAUUUAUCCGUUCAACUUUUUUGUGGCGUAUUAUGUCACAAUUUACCUCGAUAGCGGUACUGUCGGGUCGUGUGUUGCAAUUCGCACAAUGGAGUGAUCGAUAUCGAGCUAUGAAAUUACAAAGAGAUGUGCUGGAGUAUUUGAGGAUGCGUCAUGAACUUCGUCAAAGUGUCUGGUCCUUUGUGGUAGAUCUUUUAUCUGGGAUAUUGCAGUUUAUAUUUUUACGGAAGAUUGUGGUUUAUUCAGUAAAUUUUAUGCGAGUGGUAACCCGAGCUACAUACGUAUCUAUUAUAAAGUAUCUGUCUUACAACUUUGCUAUGCGUAUCGGUAAAUAUUGCAAGCUUAAUAAUGAGGUUGCUGCGUUCCUGUCCCGUCUGAUCAUAAGCAUGCUUGUAGUCUGGAGUGUGAUUGUGCCUAAGCUGCAUGAGAGUUUUCUAUGGUUUUCUCGAUUAUUUCAAUAUUCAGCGUUAUUUGGGAUUACCUGCGAAAUAGCGGUACUCGCUGACAUCGUGACCAUCGAGACGCUACAUAUGGCUUAUGCGCACUGUAUCUUACUAUUUAUCACCAAGUGGAUGCAUCGUUACAAAUUUUCACUGCUCCAGCUGAUAAAGGGUAAAAAGUGGAACGAAUUGAAGCAGGCAUUAGAUUCUAACGAGUAUACUAGGGAACAAUUAUUUUUGGGUACCGUGAUGUUUAGUCUACUGCUGCUCAUCUAUCCAACUAUAUGGGUAUUUUAUUGUGUGACCCUUGUUGUGUACCUGCCAGUAAUAGUCGUGAAGAUAUUGCUGAGGAGUGUUAUCCAGGUCAUAACAAUGUUCCCAUCCUACUACCUAGUGUACAAUGUUCUGUUUCCCAACCGGUACAAGGAGGGUAUCUAUUUUGUCCACGAGAUUGUUUGGCCUAGCUCACUUUAUGGUAUGGAAGGUUGGAAGUUGGAUCUAUUUGGGGUGAACAGAAGGACGGGCGUUGUUAACAAGAAGGGAUCGGGUAGAACCGAGAUACGUUGCGGUUCAUUUUCUGCACGUACAUUUACACAACCUAUUAUACAAGGUUUGAAGUCGUGUAAGAGUAACCUUUGUUUCUGGCGAACGUGA